AUGUUUUCAAGACUCGCGUGGGCGUGCGGUGGGAUUCAAUACUUUGGAUACAUCGCGUUGAGCACACUGAUCGAGCUUCGAUACUUUGUUAAAGAAGAUUCGGGCGACGCGGGAGACGGGAACGACGCGCGCUCGACGAGUGAACGCUCGACGACGACGUCGUCGUCCGAUGUAGACGAAGAAGUGAGAGAAUGGAAGAUUCAACCGGGACGCGCGGCGACCGGGACGGUGCGAACGACAAAGAGCGAUCCUUGGGGGUUUCCCCUGUAUCAGAUGAUCACUGGGAGGCAUCCGAAGGGCGGGAAACACGACGGAGGUAAGGGUGCGCGGGUGAUACACCCCAGACAUCGAUUGUACGCGAGCGUGAAUUUAUUGAUGAGCGCGUGUUUCGCCUUUGCCGUCGGCGAAAGCGUCGCGCGCGGAUGGACUCGUAUGUACGGCGGUUCGAACGUAGAUGCCACUUUCAUCGGGUCGAUUUACGAUAUUCUACGCGGAUUCGCCGUCGCCACGGUUUGGCAGAGCGUCUUGGAGUAUUACUGGCAUCGCGCCAUGCACGCGCGAUGGUUUUACGAGCGCGCGCACAAGAUUCAUCACUUUUACGUCAGCCCGUGUUGCUGGUGCGAUUUAUGCAUUCACCCCAUGGAGGCGUUCGGGUAUUACUGCAUCUUGUACGCUCCCGGAUUUUUCUUCCCCCUUCACCGCGCCAGUUUCAUCCUCUACAUGGCCGUCAUGGGCGUCUGCGGCGUCAUGGACCACAGCGGCGUCGACGUCUCCUUCGCCGACGGCGCGUACGACACCACCUUUCACGACGCCCAUCACCGUUUAUUUUUCGUCAAUUACGCCUUUCCAUUCGAUAUCAUCGAUCGUCUGUGCGGGACGUACGUCCACGGACGCACCGACCCGCGUCCGUCGCCGUCCCGAUAG